UGGACAUAAAAUACCUCUUUCUGGGAGUAGGGCAUUGAGUUUAUUCAUGAGAGUUUCAGCUAUUAUCAGUAUGACAUGAGGUAGCCGCUCUGCCACAUAAAGACUCGAUGAAGUUGAGGGGUCAGGACCUUUGUCCGACUAAUUCAUGCAUCCUGCGCCCCCUCCCGCCCCCUCGUGCCCGCAGCAACCCUCUCCAGAACCGCGCCGUUCCUUCUCGACAUGCAAGUCUAGACGCACUAAUUGCCACUAAUUUCUUUUGUCAUAUUAUACUUUAAUUUAACUCCUGUGUAACGUGCAUAUAAAGUUGAGACGUUCUCCCGUCCACCGCAACUUCGAUAGCCAUUGCAAUCCUUAGAUCAGUAAAUUUUGUAGCAAAUGGACUAAAAAUUAUAAAGAUAAAUUUUUUUGGAGAUAAGUUAUAUUUAGGCUCUAAGAAAUGUAUUAUAUAUCUUAUUUCUAACCCAUUUUUUUUCCGGAAGAAAUAUGUAAGACGCAAUUGCAUCACCGGAAGUAGCUAAUUACGCAUAAGUUUAAUUUAUUUUGUUACUUAACGAAUGGACCGGGACAUCCGCAUGCAAUGCAGCAGCCGGCAGACGGCAGCCGGGCAACAAAUGUACAUCGUGUAUGCAACCAGUGAACAAAUGCAGUGUGCAUAAAGCGUAUCCAUUAAUUUAUUGUAAUUACCAUACUGCCAAACCUUAUUUGACUUUACUUUAUUUGUGCACUACAACCUUGUUAUUAUGCAAAAAUUUUAUUACGCAAUUCGCACGGUAAGAAUGUAUGCGAUUGCGAAUUUGCUAUUUAUUCAUGGUACAGAAAAAAAAACCUGGCGUGGUAUAGACCUAGGUGCAGAGUAGCUUAGUUAGAAAAGUCUAAACGCAAGCCCGGCGGACAAGAAGCAGAGUACUUUGAGAGUUUAUUUUUGCAAGAAAAAACAAAAACAUCAUAUGUAGUGUUCUACUACACUGACUGAAUAAACACGAACAUGUGCGCCCAAUUAGCAAAGACAAAGCACGGUGACGGUGAGGAGGGCGGCGAUUGCAGCGCACAGCGACAUACCAUAGACAUACAAUCUCAGGCACAAUGGAAAUGAAGUGAAAUAACUUGUUGGUUUUCAUUUGACACGUGCUAAGAUUAUUGUUUGUUUAAUUAAUAUAAAUUUGUUCGCAUUAAUAAUGUUGAUAGUCAAGUUCUUUCUUCCAAUAGAGAAUAUAUUAUACACAAUGAGUAUAUUCUUGCUUCCCAUCCCUCGCGUGCAGAACGCUCGACUCGCGAAUGUUGUGUGAAGGAAGGAUAGCGCAUUAAUACCGCUCACACAGCACCAAAUUAAAUUUAAAUGCAUGCAUUGUAUUUUAUACCAAGGCGAAAUACUUUAAAAUAUAAAUCAAACGGAGCCCUUGGAAUCCUUACUUUUUGAAAGAACAUGGAAGUGAUCGGCAUAGUGGGCGAGGGCGGGGAGGCGCGCGGGCGGGCGUGGGCGCGCAGCAUGCCGCCCCCGCGCGUGCUCAUGCAGCGCGUGCACAUACCCUUCACCUUCAAGCUGGUGGAGAACCUGCCCGUAUCUUACUCGGGCGUGGAGUGCGUAGUGUCGUCGCGCGUGCGCUACUGGCGGGCGAGCUGGUGGGGUGCGCCGGUGCGCGACCUGCACAUCGCGCUGUGGGCGGCGCUGCCCGACAUCCUCGCCUGCGACCAUCUCAGCUUCGACAAAUUCGGUCCGCACGAGGAGCGCCGGUUGCGGCUGGGCACGGAGAAGCCCCCCGCGCUGGGCGCUCCGCCCCGCUCCCGCUACCCCCUGGUGGUGGUGCUGGCGCGCGACCUGCGCGACACGCACCGCCUGCGCCCCGACGACACGGUGGCGCUCGUGAGCGUGGUGCACAUCCGCGACGAGCAGUGCGCGCUGCCCAGCGGCGUCAUCGCGCAGUACCUCAAGCAGGCCAACGGUCACCUCUCCUGCCUCAAGCAACUGUACGUGUCGGGCGAGGUGGGCCCGGUGGGCGCGCUGGACGCCGUGGACGCACUGGACGCGGUGGACGCGCUGGACGCGGGCGAGUGCGCGCUGUGCUGCGUGUGCGCGUCCGCCCCGCUGUCGCGCGCGCUGCUGCCCUGCCGGCACGCCUGCCUGUGCGCGCGCUGCUUGCCGAAGCUGGACAAGUGCCCCAUCUGUCGCAGCGACAUCACCAGCUACUUCUGCCUGCGCAACGAGGAGGAGCCGCACGCGGACCGCAAGCCGCGCCUCGCGCUCAACCGCCGCCUGCUCGACCUCUUCCACUACCACUAGCCGGCGGCAGGCGGCAGGCGGCAGGCGACUGGCGGCCGGGCGCGCUCUCGCCUCGGACCUCGCUCUGGUGCGGCGGAAAGACAUUAGUGUACCUCGUCGUGAGCCCCGCCCCUCGCUCCCCGCCACGCACGCGGACCAAAUUAUUUGUGAUAUUGUUUUGCCGACUGACCGACUGUUUGUUUAUUCAUUUGUGCAAUAAAGUCUGCAGUCUCCACUGCCACUUAUCCUUAACUGGACUUUCCUUGAGGUCCACGGGCCGGGCCCCGCCCCUCGCCAUGCCAUGCAUGAAUACUUUGAACUAUCGUGAGUGGAGUGUACAUUAUAACAGAUUCAUAUCAUACGCAGCUCAAGAUGCAUAACGCGGUGAAUCAGCCUCGGCUAACCAGCGAGUAAAUAUGUACUUUGAAAAUCCCUUAAAUGUUAACGUUCACAUCUCUAAUUGAAAAUUUGUCUAUUUGACUCACCAUUGAAGCAACCGACCGAAUCAGUGAAACUGAACUCAAACAACAGGACUAAUUGUAAUUUAACUAGAUUUAAUACAUUAACUUUGUUAAUAACAACUAGCGAGUAAGUUGAAAUUUUGUACAGCCGCGUGUAGUCUUCCAACUUAGCUUAGAGCCCUAAUGUAACGACCUAGAUCUCAUUGUCACCGACUUUCUAAAUAUAUGCAGCUGAUUGUAAUGUAAA